GAAAAACACAGAGACCACCUCUACGAAUCAAACAUGGAGCUACGGAUUCGAAUUGCUACUCUUCUUCUUCUUCCUCUUCUCCUUCUCUUUUCAACGUCAUCUCUGUUCUUCACGGUCGAAUCUAAAUGCAGUGGAAGCUGCGACAUAGCUUUAGCCUCAUACUACCUCGAAAACGGAACAACCCUCUCCACCAUCAACGCCAACCUCAACUCUUCCGCCGCUCCUUACGAUGAAAUCAACUUCGACUCGAUCCUCAGGUACAACCCCAGCAUACCAAACAAAGACACGAUCCAGAUGGGUUCUCGUCUUCUUGUCCCUUUCCCUUGCGAGUGCCAACCCGGCGACUUCCUUGCCCACGUCUUCACAUACGCUGUCCGAUCAACAGACACUUAUGGAAAAGUGGCGACUGACCAUUACGCCAACCUCACGACGGAGGAAGUUUUGCAGAGGACCAACCCUUUUCCGGCGACUAACAUCCCUCCCGCGGCGACGCUUCGAGUGUUGGUGAACUGCUCUUGCGGUAACGAGAGUGUGUCUAAGGAUUACGGGUUGUUCGUUACGUACCCGCUUCGUCCUGAAGAUAGUCUUGACGCCAUCGCGAGUUCUUCCGGUGUGCCGGCGGAGGUUAUUCAGAGGUAUAACCCUGGUGUUAAUUUCCGGUCAGGGAAUGGGAUUGUCUUUGUUCCGGGGAAAGAUCCAAACGGUACAUUCCCACCUUUCAAAUCAAGUAAACAAGGUGGUAUUGGUGCUGGAGUUAUUGCUGGUAUAUGUGUAGGAGUGUUGGUGGCUUUGUUGUUGAUAUCCUUUGUCAUUUACUAUGCUUACCGAAAGAACAAGAAGCACGAUUCGCUUUCAUCUUCUAUCCCGUUGUCUUCCAAGGUUGAUCAGGCUAGCCUCCAAAGUGGAGACUUGGUUGGUACAGGAGUUGCUCCUGGCAUUGCUGCUAUAAGCGUGGACAAGUCUGUUGAGUUUACGUUGGAGGAGCUGGCAAAGGCUACUGAUAAUUUCAAUCUGUCUUUUAAGAUAGGGCAAGGUGGUUUUGGUGCUGUUUACUAUGCAGAGCUGAGAGGAGAAAAAGCUGCAAUCAAGAAGAUGGAUAUGGAGGCAUCAAAACAGUUCUUGGCGGAACUAAAAGUCUUAACACGUGUACAUCAUGUCAACCUGGUUCGUCUGAUUGGUUAUUGUGUAGAGGGAUCUCUUUUCUUGAUCUAUGAGUAUGUUGAGAAUGGCAACCUUGGACAACAUUUACAUGGAUCAGGACGUGAACCGUUACCGUGGACUAAGAGAGUGCAGAUUGCGCUAGAUUCAGCUAGAGGUUUAGAGUAUAUCCACGAGCACACGGUUCCAGUUUAUGUUCACAGGGACAUUAAAUCCGCCAAUAUAUUGAUAGACCAGAGAUUCCGAGCAAAGGUAGCUGAUUUCGGUUUAACAAAACUAACAGAAGUGGGAAGCUCAGCAACUCGUGGUGCAAUGGGUACAUUUGGUUACAUGGCACCUGAGAUUGUUUAUGGAGAAGUGUCUGCGAAAGUAGAUGUAUAUGCAUUUGGAGUUGUCCUUUACGAGUUGAUCUCUGCGAAAGCAGCGGUUGUGAAGUUGAACCAAGCUAGUGGUGAAUUCAGAGGCCUUGUUGGUGUGUUUGAAGAAGUAUUCAAGGAGACAGACAAAGAAGAAGCACUACGGAAGAUUAUCGACCCGAGGCUUGGUGAUAACUAUCCGUUUGAUUCAGUAUAUAAGAUGGCGGAGCUAGGGAAAGCUUGUACGCAAGAGAAUGCGCAGCUACGUCCAAGUAUGAGAUACAUUGUGGUUGCUUUAUCUACUCUGUUUUCGUCAACCGGAAACUGGGACGUCGCAAACUUCCAAAACGAUGAUAUUGUCAGCCUUAUGUCUGGUCGGUAGAGUUUGCGGUUUGCUGUUUAUAGAAAUGAUUGUUUUUGGUUUUAACUUCAAGAUUUGAUUUUGUUAAUCUUCAGUAUAUGUAUAUUUCCUUUACGAACUGUGCAUGUCACCUGUUGAUUUCUAUAUAUUCUUCUACUAGGUGAUUUUUCC